GCUGACCUCCCUUGCAGGGCGUCCUGUGCUGGCUGUGCUGAGCCCGGUAGCCCUCCACCACCUCCCACUCUCCGCUGUCUCUCUUGAUGGGGAAGUUGACGCUCAGGACGUGGUUGCACGGCUUGAUGAUCCGCAGGAUCCCGCGGACUCGCUUCCGCUUGUUCUCGACACUUUCCCGGGUCUUCAAGUCCUCCACCAGCUUGUUCUCCACGAUGGCGGCGCCGCGGUCGAAGAAGCCCUCCACCAUGGCGAAGAAGUUGGGGUCGUCGUCCCGGUCCACGGCCGAGGAGUAGUCGCGGCACCGCAGCCGAGACGUGGACGCCGGUAGAACCGACCCAGCGGCGCCCAGCCAGCCCCUCGUCCCCCGGGCCAGCAGCCCUACGAAGUUCCGGUACAUUUAAGUGUUUUUUAAAGCUGCAAAAGUUCCAACAAGACGACGAGACGGUGCUAGAAAGUCAACACGGAAAUGGAACCAAAGAACUCCUCCUCUUUUUCUUCCGUUUCUUCUUCCCGCUCCUCCUUUUAUUCCUCUUCUUCCUCCUUUCUGACUAACUUCUCCUCCAUCGUGUCGACGUCCGACACCUGGCUAAUGUUAGCUUAGCAUUAGCUCCCAACGCUAACUUUUAUACACACCUAAUUGUGGAUAACUCUUUGCGUCGUUACGCCAUUCUGUGCGCCGUAACUUCGAACUUGAAACUCUGAAUUCCGAGAGUAUGGUAACGAUGGCGUUCUCAGUAGCCGAGCUUUAAACCGUAACACUGAAGUAUGUACUUGAAGCUACAGUUAGCUUAGCCUAGCUCGACUGUAGCCCUGUUGCUAGGCAACCAAACUUAAAUGAUAGCAGCAAGCAACAAAUUGAUUUUUUUUCCCAAGAUAAGUACAUGUUUCAAUUAGGGCUGGGCGAUAUUGCCUUUUUUUUUAAAUAUCGCGAUAUUUUUUGGCCUAUAUCGCGAUAUACGUUAUAUCAGGGGUCACCAACCUUUUUGAAACCUACUUCUUGGGUACUGAUUAUUGCCAAGUGCUACCAGUUUGAUACACACUUAAAAAAAUUACCAGACAUAACCAAUUUGCUCAAUUUACCUUUAAUAAAUAAUAAAUAAAUAAAAUAAAAUAAAAAAAUAUAUAUAUAUUUAAAAAUGGGUAUUUCUGUCCGUCAUAUCGUUGUACAUUUUUUUUCCUCCUACGGAAGGUUUUUUGUAGAGAAUAAAUGAUGAAAAAAACACUUAAUUGGAUGGUUUAAAAGAGGAAAAAACUGGGGAAAAAAAGAAAAUUUAAGUUUGAAACAUAAUUUAUCUUCAAAUUCGACUCUUUUAAAUUCAAAAUUCAACCAAAAAAAAAGAAGAGAAAAAGUACCUCAUUCGAAUCUUUUUGAAAAAAUUUAUAAAAGAAUUUAUGGAACAUCAUUAGUAAUUUUUCCCGAUUAAGAUUAAUUUUAGAAUUUUGAUGACACUUUUUCCGCCCGAUUGUAGCUGAGAUAGGCGCCAGCGCCCCCCGCUACCCCAAAAGGGAAUAAGCGGUAGAAAAUGGAUGGAUGGAUGGAUGUUUUAAAUAGGUUAAAACCCAAUCUGCAUUUUUUUGUUAGAAUAUAUAACACCUUGGACUAAGCUAUAUUUCUAACAGAGACAAAUCAUUAUUUGUUCUAGAUUUUCCAGAACAAAAAUUUUAAAAGAAAUUCAAAAGACUUUGAAAUAAGAUUUAAAUUGGAUUCUAAAGAUUUUCUAGAUUUGCCCGAAUAACUUUUUUGAAUUUUAAUCAUAAGUUUGAAGAAGUAUUUCACAAAUAUUCUUCGUCGAAAAAACAGAAGCUAAACUGAAGAAUUAAAUUAAAAUGUAUUUAUUAUUCUUUACAAUAAAAAAAAAUAAUUUACUUCAACAUUGAUUUAAAUUGUCAGGAAAGAAGAGGAAGGAAUUUAAAAGGUAAAAAGGUAUAUGUUUUUAAAAAACAUUUUUAAGGUUGUAUUUUGUUUUAAAUUGUCCUUCUGAAAGUCAUAAGAAGCAAAGUAAAAAAAUAAAUGAAUUUAUUUAAACAAGUGAAGACCAAGUGUUUAAAAUAUUUUCUUGGAUUUUCAAAUUCUAAUUGAGUUUUGUCUCUUUUAGAAUUAAAAAUGUCGAGCAAAGCGAGACCAGCUUGCUAGUAAAUAAAUCAAAUUUAAAAAAUAUAGGCAGCUCACUGGUAAGUGCUGCUAUUUGAGCUAUUUUUAGAACAGGCCAGCAGGCGACUCAUCUGGUCCUUACGGGCUACCUGGUGCCUCCUGCGAUAUAUUUUACGAUAUUUUGACUUGGCCUUGAAUGAACAGUUGAUGCAUAUAAUCACAGCAGUAUGAUGAUUAUAUGUGUAUUCAUUAAAACAUUCUUCUUCAUACUGCAUUCAUAUAUGCUACUUUUAAACUUUCAUGCAGAGAGGGAAAUGACAACUAAGUCAACUGACCAAAAGUGUAUUUAUUAAAGUUAUUAGGCAAUGGCACAAACAUUCAAGUGAUUUCCAAAACAUAAAAGUGCAAGAUUGUCAGACAUUUUAAGUGUCAAAUAAAAAUGAGCUGCAUAAUAGGAAAUCAAAUAGUAUUCGUCUUUCACUAUGUGGUAUGUUACUAAGGUUAUGAAAUUCUCUCCAUUCUUUAGCGAGUGACUUUUCAAAUGAUGCUACAUAUUAGCAGUAAUGCUACUUUUUAUAGCAACGCUCCCCCCCCCCACCCCCCACACUUGACAAAUUACAGUUGUCUGUUCGACAUAUUCCCACUUGAAACCGAACCACAGCCAGACGAUGCUGCUGUUUUUAAUGGGAAUUAAGUCUUCCUUCAUUUGUUACCAGAUCUGCACCUUCUUUCUCUCGUGCGGCUACGUUAGCAGCUAACGUAGCCCAGUAUGCUACCUCUCUGCUCUGAGAGGGCGGACACGUAUGUGACGUUUGACGUGAUAGUAUGUGACGUAUGUAAGCAUGUGCGCCUGGUUGUCUGUGGAGAAGGAAAGACAGGAAAGAGUGAGAAGAGCCUGAAGUGUACGCCCGCAGCUAAAAGCAACUGCGUGAGAAGGUAUACUCGAAUAUUACGAUAUAGUCAUUUUCUAUAUCGCACAGAGACAAACCCGCGAUAUAUCGUAUAUAUCGAUAUAUCGGCCAGCCCUAGUUUCAAUACAUCCAUCCAUCCAUUUUCUACCGCUUAUUCCCUUUUGGGGUUGCGGGGGGCGCUGGCGCCUAUCUCAGCUACAAUCGGGCAGAAGGCGGUGUACACCCUGGACAAGUCGCCAUCUCAUCGCAGAGUUUCAAUACAUUGUCAUGCUAAGUCAACGACAUAACUAUUAGGGAUAUAAAUCUUACACCAACUUACGAUUCAUUUUGAUCUCUAGAUAGGAUUCAGAAUCGAUUCUCAAUUUAGAACGAUUUUCACAAUAUAUCAUUUGGCAUAUAGACGGGAAUAAAAAAAAUAGUAAUAAUAAAUAAUAAUGGUUUCGUUCUCAGUAGCUUAGUAGUAAUAAUAAUAAUAAUAAUAAUGUUAUAUACUCAAAGCGCUCACAGAGAAGUGGGAACCCAUCAUUCAUUCACACCUGGUGGUGGUAAGCUACAUCUGUAGCCACAGCUGCCCUGGGGUAGACUGACGGAAGCGUGGCUGCCAGUUUGCGCCUACGGCCCCUCCGACCACCACCUAUCAUUCAUUCAUCAUUCAUUCACCGGUGUGAGCGGCACCGGGGGCAAAGGGUGAAGUGUCCUGCCCAAGGACACAACGGCAGCGACUUUGAUGUCCAUAGGUGGGAAGCGAACCUGCAACCCUCAGGUUUCUGGCACGGCCGCUCUACCCACUACGCCAUGCCGCCCCCAAGUAGUAGUAGCACGGAAGUCUGUAGAUCAUGUGCGAGCGGCCAAAGAUCCACGUCUUCCUGGGGGCCCCUCCAUCCACGCCUGGCCCCGCCUCAGUGUCUGACUGCGGCAUGGAGACGGGCGAGAGACCAUCCGGCCGCUGGCGACACCUGGAGCUCACCUGGCGGGAAGGGCGACUCCUCCCUGCAGAUGCAGAAGGAGUGCAUCAUCUCCCACCAGACCAGAACGAGGAUGAAACCGCAGAUGAGGGUGGUUUAGCCUCAAGAACCAAAUGGACCAGAGAGACCUUCAAAGAACAUCGCUCGCACGCUGGCGAGGAAGAGCGUCCUGCGCUUUCUGUUCACGAGUAUCUGGACUCAUGUUUUCCUGCUGUGCAACAAGAAGAAACCCGAGAACCGUCACUCCACAAUCUGUCUGUCGGGAGCCAGUUUCUCGUGACCUGGACUCUGAGUCAAGCGUUGAUUCUGAGAGAUUCCCAAUCAGCCAGCAGCCCGCCCCAGAGCCCUCAAAAACCCACCCAAACAUCACCGUCCGACUCCUCCAACACGCCGGAGCUUUUCAGUCCAUUAACUCGCUCUCCCGGGGGUUCCGGUGAGCUCUUCAGUCCGGAGCGGCGGGCGAAGCAAGGGGGCGUGGUCUUGGAGACAACCUCACAUGGAGUGUUGUGCUCCCAGGAGGACAACAGUCCGCCCUCCAGUCCCGGACUCAAAAGAACUCGCCUCGCUGAGGACGACAGGAUGGAGGCGUUGCACGGAAUCGGCACGGCAGGGGAUCGUGGUUCCACCACACUUCUCGCCCAGUGUGAUCGAGCGGCGGUUCGGUACGAGGUUCUGGUCGCCGUUGUACAUCCGUGUCAGCUGAAGGAGGUGAAGGUAAAGUCCGGACCCUCCACCGGGACCCUGAUCCCUCUGGCCACCAUGGUGGUGACGGACCAGUCAUCCGUGGACAUGAAGGUGGUGCUGUGGCGGCAGGCGGCAUUCUGGGCCUUGGCCGUCGGCGUUGGAGACGUUGUGUCCAUAACAGGCCUGCAGCUGCAUGAGGACACCUGGAGGGGAGAGAAGGUACUGCAGUCCACGUUCAGCAGCAAGCUGCUCAACUUGGGCCACAUUGGUUCAGCCACCUGUCCCACAGGUGGUCAUCAGGUUCACGCCCGCCGCGUGGCGUCUCUCUGUGACUACCUUCAGGAGCGGCGCCCCCUGUUGCUCUCUGUGCCGCCCCGCCCGCCCCAGGACUUGAGGCGGCUGCCAUACACCCCCUUCUGGGCGCUGAGGGUCAACACGCUGGUUCACGCCGUGCUGCGCGUCAAACACGCGCAUGUCAGUGCGGAGUGGCGAGGAGAGGCGGAGUCUCGCUGCAGGUCGGCUCUCGAGCGUCAGGCUGUCGCGACCGUGGAGCAGGCGGACGGCCGGCGGGGAGCGCUGCUGCUCUGGGGGGCAGCUCUGGACUGGCUGCCACACUUCAGGACACAUAAAGACGCUGUCUGGGAUGUCCGAGUUCUCCUGGUAAGAGAAGGCUUGACGUCUGACCUCCCGGAGCUUCACACCACCCCCUGGAGCUCUAUCCGGCGUGUGGACGCCGCCGACAGCAGGCUGCAGGACUUCAUGCGUGGAACCAGCAGCUGUGUGGACCUGGAUCUGGACACUCUGCUCUCCCAGAACUACUCAGGAGACGUGGAGCUCAGAGUCCAGAUCAUCAGCUUCCGCUUCCAGCCUUCCCACAAUGCACCACAGCCGACCCUGGACAGCUCCACGCCGCAGCCCGGCAUCCUGGCGGCACUCGGCGGCGACAUCACAUACUCAGGCUGCGGCCGCUGCUCUGCCGAACUGGAGACCGACGCCAACGGAAUUUAUAGCCCUUGCUACCCGUGCCUGCCCUACACCGCCGUGCGCCGCUACUACAGGCCCGGUGUGUUGACAGCUGUGAGUGGGCGGGGAAACCGUAGCGUGUGCAUCCAGGUUCCUGCACUCGCUGUCCAGAAGGUUCUAGAUGCUCCACCUGAUGAGCUUCACAGGAGCUCAGCGCCGGGUUCUGAAGUGAAGCAGAUCCAGGUGGUUGCACAAAGGCUACAGAACCUCCUGAGCCUUCCAAAGAAGACCGUCAUCGUCUCGGUGCGCAGCCUCUUCCUGCGUGAUGAGAACAGCGUCCCCAUUAGUCAGGAGCUAACACUGCUGGACCUCCACUUUGCCCACACGUGAAUUAUCGCCCGGCGAACCUGCUGGACCACCUCGGGUCAGGCCAGGUCAGGUUCGGUCUUGUUUGCGUGAAUGGUAGUUUUACCGGUUUAAAGCUACAAACAUGGAGGGGAGAUGAUUUCUUGUUGCUCUAGCAACGUCUUCAUGAAAACCUUGGACUCUUAGUGUACCUCUAUUUUCUCCUACAUGCUCCUCCCCCUAGGAGGAAGAAAACAUUACACGCCCCUCCAUGACAAUAAAUAUUAAAGCUGUGAAUUCUUAGGCAUCACACGAUUCGAUUUGAUUCUUGGAGGUAACGAUUCAAUUUAAAAUCGUUCUCUAUUCCAACAUAUUUAAAAUUUAAAAUCUAUACUUUAAUUACAUUAAAUAGAUAUCUCUGAUAAAUUUCCAUAUGACUUACAAGGUUUCCCCUUAAUGUAAUUGAAUGUGGCACGCCGCCACAGCAAUUUCAUUACCGCCAGACUUUGCACCCUGAAAAUAAGGUUUUUUUUUAAACUCGAAAACAAAUUAAAUAUAUAUUGUAGACCUCCAAAGAAAUCACACAAAGUCUGACGCAAUUUGUAACUUUUAUUACCAAUCUUACAACCGCACAAUUCCAACAGGUUUUACUUCCCAUGCAAACACUUCUGUCUCCGCAAUUCCACGGACACACAACACUUCAUUCUCCGCCAAUCACCUUUCAGGCACGGACGGCGUGUUUGCAAACAUUACCGAAAACUGCGCUGCAGAAACCGGAUGUAAACAAAACGAACGCCAUUGUCAGCAUGUCUGUGAUGUGGACGGGAUUCUUAUAUAUAUUGCAGAUAUAUGUUAUUGUAUAUGUUGAAACAAAUCUGUAUCUACAUUGUAAAAAAAGCAACAAUUGAAAACAUGACAAAACGAUAAUGUUUAAUACUAAUUAACAGAUUGGUUUUUAAAUGUAUGUUUGCUGAUUUCAGGGUGACCAUGCCCCUAGCGCCACAGGUAUCUUGGCAGUCUCAGGGAAAUCCGGACGUGAAGAAAAAAAGUCAAAUACAAAUAAGACAGACGUAUCCAACACUUCUCUUUUCUAAAGUAAAUGUGUACAGCAGAUAUAAUCUACAUCAACAAUAUGAUUGGUCUGGGUAGCUGGCCAGCACAGUGGAACAAAAAAAAAAAAGUUUUUUUUUUUAUUGAUUAGGAACUGUUACAAAUAAGAAUCCCGAUUAAUUUGAAAAUCUUAGCGUCAUUGGUCAAUAAAAUUGUUAUAAGUACACCUCUGCAUAUCACUGUGUUCUUAACAUUAAAUAUAGAUCAAAUUGCGAAAAAAACAGUGAUAUAUUAUAUAUUUUAUGUCGGACUAAAAACUAAUUGGCCUAAAAACAAUAAAAUAUUUUUUUCAAUAAAAAUACAAAAUCCAUAUUUCAACUAUCAAUACUUGACUCAUUUGAACCAUUUGAUACGGAAAAAUAAAAUGAAACUCAUUAACUCAGCAACAUUAACUCAGGAACAAGAUAUAUAAAACUACAAAACAAAAAUAAAACAAAUUUGUGCAGGAUUUUCUUUUUAAUAAUUGAAAGAGAAAGUCAGGAUUAAUGGCACGACCUCUCAACGUGUGGUCUGGAACAUGAUGCCGGGGUGACACACACCAUUUGAGAAGGCUUGUGCACCCUGCCAUCCGUCAGAGUGCAGCUGGGAUAGGCUCCAGCCCCUCGGAUACCCCAAAAAGGGGCAAGCGGUAGAAAGUGGAUGGAUGGUGUAAAAUAAGACAUUACAAUUUUAAGAUGUGUGCACUAUAUUUAUAAUUCCAUCAUUUACAAAAAGUAUAACAUUCAAAUUGAUCCGUCAGUGUCCAGAUGUAAAAAAAAAAACAUCUUUUAAGCCGAGGCACUUAUACUCUCUGCCAAGCUACAAUGUCUCGAUAGGAUACUCUACGGUGGUCAAUUGUGUUAUUUUUAGCGCAGUUUAGCUGGACUGUCAAACACCACACGGAGAAUUCUGUCCAAGGAUGUGCUUUUCAGUCGGCUUCGGACAGUUAGUUUUGGGAGGUUUCUUCUGCCACGCUCAUCAGGUCGUCAAACAGAUCUGCAAGCAGGAACAUUUGCAUUAGAUUACAACCUGCACAAAUACCUCUUUGUUUUCAAUUCACAUCAGUCCGCCUUGUGUGUGAGAGGACACGUUAAGGAAAUCGAUGAGGUCAACGUCUGCCAUCGUAGUCUCGUACCUCCGUCACUUAGACCGGCGCCUGGUCCGCCGCCACUUAGACCGGCGCCCGGUCCUCUCUGGCCGUCCUGCUCGUUGAACAGUCCAUGAAAGCCCGAUGGCUUCUGCUUUCUGUCAUCGUCGCCUCGGUCAAGAAUUUGGGAGAAGAAGUUUCCUUUGUCGUCGUCGUCGUCUUUUUUCUUGUCUCCAAACGAGAACAUCCCUCCUUUGUCCCUGUCAUCAUCUUUCUUGUCUCCUCCAAACAUGGACAUAAAGCCCCCUCCCCCUCUGUCCUUGUCUUUGUCCUUGUCCUCUACACCGAGGGCUUUCUUCACCAUGCCU